UUUGUGGAUUUGCAUUCAUCUAAGAUGGAUGAUAGGCUCAGCCUGCUACCAGACCCAAUCCUCUGCCACAUACUCUCUUUUCUCCCAACCAAGCAAUCCGUUGCCACAAGCGUUCUCUCCAAGCGGUGGAUGCCUCUGUGGCGUUCGGUUCCCACUCUGGACUUGGAGUAUAGCAACUAUACCGGAAACAAAGAGGAAUAUGCUCGAUUUGUUCAUUCGGUGUAUGCAUUCAUCGUCUCCCGAGAUAUGCACCACCCUAUCCAGAAAUUUCGCCUCAAUUGUUCCUUUCAUUCUUACGAUCCUACCAAUGUCAGCGUAUGGGUUAAUGCUGUUGUUCAAUGCAAAGUCCAGCACCUCGAGCUCUCCCUCUGUACCCCGAAUCCUCUUCAACCACUCCCUAACUUGUCUUCCAUCUUCACUUGCAAAACUCUCCUGGUUCUUAAGUUGCAGGGCACCAAGUUGGAACCUAUUUCCUCUGGCUCUGUUGAUUUACCUUUCCUUAAACUCCUCCAUCUACAAGAUUUGAGGUUCUCAAAACGUGCAUGUCUCGCCGAGCUUCUUUCUGGAUGUCCAAUUCUUGAGGAUUUUAAAGCAAAACGUUUAUAUUUUCAUCAAGAUGUCGCUGAUACAGAGUUUAAAACAUUACCAAAGUUGCUGGGAUUGGUUAACAAUGUCAAGUUUUUGCGCAUAGAUUGGAUUGCGCGCAGACUUGGUAAUGGCCCUGGCCCGUACGUUUUCCCCAUGUUUCACAAUUUGACCCAUGUUGAACUUGAAUAUAGAACUUUUAAUACUGAUUGGUCUGAGGUUGUGGAAUUGCUCAAGUGUUGCCCCAAGCUUCAAGUUCUUAUCAUUAACCAGCCAAGUUUACGUUUCUCUGAGUCUCAGCUACUUGAAGUACCAGAAAAUUGGCAGUACCCACCAUUUGUUCCUAAAUGCAUUCUAUUACACCUUAAAACAUGCAGUCUAAAUAAUUACAGGGGCACCAAAGGUGAUUUUCAAUUUGCAAAGUAUAUAAUGCGGAACGGAAGAUUUUUAAAGAGGCUGACAAUAUCCAGUAGCCUUGGCAUAAAAAAACGGGGAAAGCUUGAGCUGUUAAAGAAAUUAUCCUCAUGCAAGAGGCGCUCUGCAACUUGUAAACUUUCCUUUAACUGAUAACAAACUAGAUAUGUUAGCUGCGAGUAGUUUUUUCAUUUCUUCCUCUUAACUAGUAGCUAGCUACAAGGAUAUGGAUCUUGUCUUAAUUUUCAAAUUAGUCGAACUUGUUCUUUAGUUAUGGGGAAUUUUAAAAUUGAGAUUUAGUGCUUAAGUGUGAGACAAUUGAAUGUUAACUUCUGAUCUUAUGCAAACCUCCAUGGUAGGUAGGUGUACAUUCUCUCUCAAACAAAAGCAGGAGCAGCACCCGUAAAAAUAUUACAUUUGGUUGUUUGUUAAAAUAAAACUCUCUUUUGUCUUUGGAUAUGAUGAGUUUUUGUUUUAAUGUUGUGUAUCAAUGUCUUAACAGAAUUUUGUCAGAAUUAAAUUUUCACCUAAGAUGAUUUUAUCUUUUAUAUAAGACUGGGUUAUAGACUGUAUUAAUAUUAUCCUGUAUGUGGAUCAUUGGAAUCUAUGAUUAGCAUUAUGAAGAAGUUUUAUAGCACGGCUGAAUCCUAUUAGAUUACCAAUCAUAAGCUUAUAUUCAAUGAACAAACAAUUGUGCAGAGGGAAGGAGUACUAAUUCUGCAGCUAUUGCAGAUUUUUGGGAAAUUAAAAUGGUUUUAAUCUUCACUUG